AUAUUUUAUUUAUAAUGAAAAAAAUUAUUUCUGACAUUUUGUUGCAACUUUUAAUGUCAAUUGGACUAUGAUCUUGUUUAUUUGUUAAUUGAAUAUAUCAGAAAUCAUCACAAUUUCGAUUUUAGUAUUUCGAAAUGAUACUGUUUCUAAGAAACCAUAAACACCUGCCAACUGUUUUGAAAGGUAGAAAUUUAAAGGCAUCAUUGGUUUAUCGAUCAACAAGAUCAAGUUCAUCAGAUAAUCAAGAUGAAUACAUGCAAAACAGUCGUUUGCCAACAAUGUAUUUUCAAAAAUCAUUACCACGUCUUCCAAUUCCAAAGCUGGAAGAUUCAUGUAGAAGAUACUUGAAUGCCCAACAGCCAAUAUUAUCAGAUGAUGAAUUUAAAAAAACAACAGAAUAUAUUACAGAGUUUUUAAAAAAAGAUGGACCUAAAUUACAUGGUGAAUUGGUGAAACAGGAUAAAAUUAAUAAACAUACAAGUUACAUCAGUGAUGUAUGGUUUGAUAUGUAUCUAAAAGAUCGUAGACCAUUGCCAAUAAAUUACAAUCCAUUUUUAAUAUUUGUACAAGAAAAAAAUCAUAAAUAUAAUUUACCAUUAAUUAAAUCAACAAAUUUAUUAAUAUCAUCAGCAAGAUUUAUCAAGUCACUUGAUGCUGGAAUACUUGAGCCUGAAGUUUAUCAUCUUGAUCCUAAAAAAUCAGACACUGAUUUUUUUAGAAAUUUUACUAAAUUUUUACCAACAAGUAUUGCAACUUAUGGAGCAUAUAUUUUUAAAGCAUUUCCUUUGGAUAUGUCACAGUAUAAAAAUCUCUUUAGAUCAACGAGAAUUCCAAUUUUAGAUAAAGAUAAAAUAUGUCAAUAUCCAGAUUCAAAACAUGUUGUUGUAAUGCGAAGAGGAUAUUUUUAUUCAUUUGAUUUAUUUGACAUGGAAAAUAAAAUUAAAUCACCGCAAUAUAUUGCCACUUGUUUAAAGACAAUAUUAUCUGAUUCACGACCAGCUAAUGAACAUCCAAUUGGAGUUUUAACAAGUGGUAAUCGAGACAAUUGGGCAAAAACACGUCAACAUUUAUUAAAAAUUGGAAAUGAUAAUGUUGUUAAUAAAAUUGAUAGUGCAGUAUUUGUAUUAUCAAUUGAUGAUGAUGAUUUACUUGGUGAAAAUUAUAAUAACAUGUUGAGAAAAUUUUUACAUUCAAAUGGAACAAACAGAUGGUUUGAUAAAUCAUUUUCUUUGUUGAUAAGUGGUGAUGGUUUUGCUGGAAUAAAUUUUGAACAUUCUUGGGGUGAUGGUGUUGCAGUACUUCGUUUUUUCAAGGACAUCAAAAAUGACAUUGAAAAUAAACCAAGAUUUCAUCCAGAUGACAUUGACAAUAUCAGUGUCAAUGAAGAAUCAGUUGAAAAAUUAAAUUUUAAUAUUGAUGAAACAAUUAAAAGCAAAAUCAAUGAAGAAACUGAUAAAUUUUUUAAAUGGACUGAUAAUUUAUCACUUGAUCAUCUUGUUUUUGAUGAAUUUGGUAAAAAUGAUUGUAAAAAAUUUGGUGUUAGUCCCGAUGCAGUUAUGCAAUUGGCAUUUCAAUUAGCUUUAUUUAAACGUGAUAAUUGUUCAGUUGCAACAUAUGAAUCAUGUAGUACUGCUGCAUUUAAACAUGGAAGAACAGAAACAAUUCGUUCAUGUACAAAUCAAACAAAAGCAUUAUGUUCAGCAAUUAUUAAAAAUAAUAAAUCAACUAAAAAUGAUGUUGAAUUUAAAAAUUUAAUUAUUGAAUGUAGUAAAAUGCAUAAUAUUUUAACAAAACAAGCAGCAAUGGGUCAAGGUUUUGAUAGACAUUUUUUUAUGCUUAAAAAUAUAUCACAGCUAAAUGGCAAUGUACCUUCAGUAUUUUCUGAUCCAGCAUAUGCUAAAAUUAAUCACAAUAUAUUAUCAACAUCAACUUUGUCAAGUCCAGAAGUACUUGCUGGUGGAUUUGGACCAGUUGUUCCAAAUGGCUAUGGCAUUGGAUACAUGAUACAAAAUGAUUGGCUUGGAUCUGUUAUAACAAGCUAUCAAAAUCAUCGUGAUGCUUCUGAAUAUGUCCACCAUCUCAAAUCAGCCUUUCAAGACAUUCAUAGAAUUUUAAAAUCAAAUUAAAAUUCUUUUAAAUAAUAUUUACUUUAUUUUUUAUCAAUGAAACAAAUAUACAUUUAUAUAUAUAUUUUUUUUUCUUUAUAACUAUAUCAUUAUUUUUUAUAACAUUAAAUGAUUAUUAUUGUUUUUUUUUAUUUUAAACAUUUUUUGUAUUAUAAGAUACUAAGUGUUGUCUAAUUUGUUUGUUUUUUCGUUUUUUAUAUUUUAAACGCUAAAAGUAUGCUGUUACAUGAUCAAAAUUUGUAUUGAUAUAUUUUAAAGAAUAAAAUUUUUCUAAAUGAAGCUGAUGAUUUACUGGGAAUAUUUAACUGAGCGUAUAUACAUUUUACAUAUACCGAUUGUACACAACAAACAAUCAAUGAUUUUUUUUUUUUUCUUUUAAAUUAA